CCCACCACUCACCACCACGCGCCCUCUCCAGCACCACCACCACCAGCACGCCCGUUGGCCCAUUGCGGGGAAAGCACGGAUGCAGCGUCGAUCGGGGGUCCGUAGCCGGCGUGUCUGAGAGAUAGUAGCAGUAGUCUCAGUUGCUGUGUGACCCCAAGCCUUCCCGCCCUCGCCCAUCCUCUCUCCCCUCAACACCACCGCCCAACAAUGUCGACGCCAGAAUUUCCCACGCGCCGCCCAACCUACCCCCUCGCCCAUGCCUUCCGCCGCAAGCCCAGGCGCAUCCCGCUGGUGCUCCGCUUCUCCAAGGGCGCCGUGCACGACAUCAUCCUCCUGCCCGUCGUCCUGCACUCGCUAUGGACCGUCCUCAUCGUCUACAUUGACACGCGCUAUGUCGACUCGAUCAGCAUCCCCGCCACCAUCAUCCCCUCGCUCUCCAUCGUCGUCGGCCUGAUGCUCGUCUUCCGCAACAGCACCGGCUACGACCGCUUCUGGACGGGCCGCAACUGCCUCACCACCAUCAACACCUCUGUGCGCAACCUCGCCCGCAUAUGCCUCGUCAACUCGCGCGACAAGGACGGCGACGCCACCGACGAGCAGAAGCGAGACACGGAACGCAUCGUCCGCGUGCUCAUUGCCAUUCUCUACUCGAUCAAGCACAACCUCCGUGCCGAGUUCAACAUUCCCCCCGCCAGUCUGGCCUCGCUCCCCCCGCAACCCAGCGUCUACCCCCAGCGCUCGCGGCCCGUGUCCCGCCGCCCCAGCUACAUUGACCGCACAGCGAGCUUUGGCACGCUGUCGUUCCCCUCGAGCAACGCAGCCAGCACCUCGACGACGCCGCUGCUCAGCCAGUCCGGUGCCACGCUCGAAAACGGCGACGGCACCCUGCCCACGCAAAAGGCCGAAUACGUGUCUCUGCUUCCCGAGGGCCUCAUGGGCUACGAAGACCAGGGCCUCGGCCUGCCCCUCCAGCUCACCAUCCUCAUCGAAGGCUACAUCCGCCGCGGCACCGACCGCGGCUGGUUCCAUCCCCCGCUCUCGUCGCAAAUGACAUGCCAGGUCAACUCGCUCGUCGACGCCUACGGCCGCAUGGAAACCAUCCACUCGACCCCCAUCCCCGUCGCACACCUCAUCCACCAAAAACAAGUCCUCGCCCUCUACGGCUGCGUCCUCCCCUUUGCCAUUGUCGACGACUAUCGCUGGUGGAGCGUCCUCGUCGUCGCCAUUGUCACCUUUACUCUAUACGGCAUCGAGGGUAUCGGAGUCCAGCUCGAGGACCCCUUUGGCUACGACAAGAACGAUAUCAAAAUGGAUGGCAUCAUCGAGGACACACGACAGGAAAUCAUGGUGUUGCUGGAGGAGUGGAAGGCAAGUCACGAGGGGAAAGCCAUGGGCGGCAUGUUUGAAUGUGGGCUACAGUAUUAGCCAGUUCCCAUAUCGAGCCGUUGUGCAUGUUGAGUGGGUGGGGGUGAGUGGGGCAACGAGGUGGGUUUUGGAAUAUCGAAGGAGUCGUGGUGCGGGGCAGACGGGGUGGACGGGUGGAGGAGGGGGCGGGCGGAGUGGGAGAGGGGGAGGAGGUAAAUGCGGGGGUAAGAAGCGAGGGGGGAAACGUUGACGAUGAUGAUGAUGAUGAUGGAUAUAGAAACAGUUGACCUGAUCUGAUCUGAUGUUGAUGAUAUGAAUCAAGGAUAAACAAUUGAACAAAUCAAUCA